ACUCAUCAGCUUAUAGCUGUAUGUACAUCGAAACGUAGAACGCAUGCGCAACAAAAAUGGUUUGGUAUAAUCGAAGCAAAAUAUAUUUUUAAAAUAUAAUUAAAAACAGAUCUGGGAAAAUAUAAAUAUGAAAAGAAGAACAAUCGAUGCUUCAAAAUUGCGUAGACCUGUUAAACGUUCACGUAUAACAGAUUCUGUAUAUAGCAGCUGGUUGUUAUACUUGCGUUCAUUUAUUAUAUGGCUCAUUGUUAUUACAAUGGAUUUUACAUUAGAAUUUCGUUUUGAGUUUUUAUGGCCAUUUUGGUUACUUAUAAAAAGUUCAUUUGAUUCUUUUAAGUACCAAGGAUUGGGAUUAACAAUACUAUUCAUAUCAAUAACACUGUUUUCAGACAUCAUCUGUUUUUUACUUCUUCCAACACAUUGGCUAUUUUUUGUUGCUAGUACAUAUGUAUGGGUUCAAUUUGUUUGCAGCACAGAUCGUGGUCCGUGCAUUACAACAGUUUGCCUUUGGCUACUAUUUGUAUACGUAGAAGCAUCUGUUAGAUUGCAAGAAUUAAAAUCUGUUCCUUUUAACUUGGAUCUUUGUCGUCCAUUUGCAGCUCACUGUAUUGGCUAUCCUGUAGUCAGCUUAGGGUAUGGAUUUAAAAGUUAUAUUGGAUAUAGAAUUAAACAUUACCAGCAAUGUGAAGUAGCAAAACAAAAUAAAUUUUACCAUCAGCUAGUAUCAGAUGCUUUACCUGCAGAAGUGAAUGAUGAGAAUUUGCAGGUAAAAAAGCCUAUGAUACUAGCAAAUAGUAAUUUAAAUAAACUAGAUGUAGAUGUCUUAAAUAGUGAAACAAAAAAACGAAAACAAACAAUUUUUGAUGAAAGACAAAACAAUUCUUCUCUUUCACUUAAUGAUCUUGAAGUUAUUCCUUGCAUACAAGUAAAGGAUUUCAACAAAAAAAAUGAAAUAGAUAGUUUUCGUCCAUCUGUUAAGACAGUUAAUAAAACUUGUAAUGGAGAAAUAAAGCGUUUUAAAUUAAAAAAAACUGAAAGUGAUAAUGAUGCAGAGUGUUCAGACAGUGAACAGUCAUCAAUCAGUGGUGAUGUAAAUCAAGAUAAUUCUCCAAAAACUGUAAAACCCUCAAAAUCAGAUGCUUUGCAUGUUAAACUUUUCAAAGAUGAGCAAACUUUGAGACGUAAAGCAGAAGCUCAAGUUUUACAACUUGAGUGUGAAUUGAAAAAACUGCGCAAUGAAAUGCAGUCUGCACGUCAAUUAGAUGUGCAAUCUCGCACCCAAAUUAAAGAAGGGCUCAGUACUGAACGCUACUUGACUUCUGAGCUUGAUCAACUUAAUUCUGAUAAUGGUAUUUUGCAGCAAAAAAUAAUCUCUCUAAAUAAUAUGAAAUCACAAGAAAAAAUACUAAUUACCUCUCUCGAGAAGAAACUCAAAUUUGAAAAAGAAAGCAGAAUAAAUGCAGAAAAUCAGCUUCUUGAACUAAAGAAAAAGAAAAAUGAAGCUAUAAAUAAAAUAGAAAACCAUGAUAGUUGUUUGUCUAAACGCCAAGAACUUGAAAACGAAAUUAGUAAAUUGCAAGCUAAACUUAAUGAAGCAACAAAUUCAAUUUCAGACUUAAAAAAAGAAAGUCUUAUAUUGAAGCAGAAAAACCCAGAUGCAGAUUGGGAUAAAAUGAAAAAAGAUUUAGAGUUUCUUAAUGGAGCAUUAAAUAUAAUGAAAGGAAAAAAUAUUCAUUUAGAAAACAGUUUAAGUUCUGAAACACGUUUAAAGUUAGAUCUUUUUUCUGCUCUUGGAGAUACUCGAAGACAACUCGAAGUUGUUCAUAGUCAAUUAAAUAUUAAAAGUGCUGAAGUCGAAGCCUUGAAAGGUAAAAUUGCUGAGGUUAUGGCUGUCAUGCCUUCUCAAUAUCACUCUUUGUUAAAUGGAUUUGUUUCAACUAAUAGUUUUAUAUCACAAACAAAUGAAACAGUUGUGUCUUCAGCCAGUUAUGACUCUACAAAGCAGAAAUGGCUGAAUAUGAAUGGCACUUCAAAAGUAGCUCAUUAAAGUUUAAAAAAUUUUGAAAAUUAGCGCAUGGAUUUUACAUACUUUUUAAAAAUUUUAUGUUUAUAUUGUACCUUUUGUUUUAGCCUAUAAAUUUUUAUUCUAUUAUUGAGGAGCUUGUUUAAAAUGUUUAUAAAAGUAUCUCAAUGAAUUAUCAAAUCUUAUAAAGCUAAUCUAUGCAUAUAAAAAGCAGCAUACUACUUUAUGUUUAUGAUACAUGUAUUUUUCUUGUUAGACAAGAUUAUUGGGUUAUAAUUAUGUUUUCUUUGCUUGAAAAUUUAUAUAGCAAGUGCAUUUAAAUUAAAUUUGAAAAUAUUUGCUUAAACAGUCAAUGGACUCCAAUCCUCCAAUAAACUAUUUUUAAAAGUAGUUUAUUUUUAAUAGUAUAUUAUUUUAGAGAUAUUUAAAUUUUUAAUAGUUGCCAUUAUGGGAUUGAUAUUUAGACAAAAAAUAUAAGUCAAUAAAAUGUAAGAAUAUGUUCAAUUAAAAGUUUAAUAGAUUAGUGGAAAAAAUGUAUGUAUCAAUUUAUAUUAAAAUCAUUAUUUAAAAGUUUAAAAAAUUUAACUCAGCUUCGAUGGACCCACAGUUUUUAUAUAUUUACAUUUUCUGUUUGUCAGUCAUUUAAUAAUUAAUAUUAAAAUAAAUAAAAAUAUUUAUUUUAAUUUAUUUUUUUACCAAUAUCAAUCCCAUUAUGAGUAGGGCUACAUUAUCUAAAAACUAUUUUUAGAGCCAAUAUGGGUAGCCAAUAUCUAUUUAGAGUUUUAUCAAUGUUUGAAAUUUCGUAAAAAAAAGUUUUUAUAUUGAA